AUGCCUCUGUUCACGUCCCCCGACCCUACGGAUGCUUCAACGGUGCAGCAAAGCGAUGCACAGUAUCUGAUAUUCUAUUCCUCUGUUGAUGCCGCGGGCCAAAUGUGGUGCCCGGAUUGUAGACGCGUUGAAGAAGUCGUUCGCAAGGCGUUUGAGCCGCUAACUGCGCCUUCAGCUCUGAUCGUCUUUGUUGGCCAACGUAAUACAACUAACGAAUUCCGUGGAAGCCCGUGGAAUGUCACUUCUGUUCCCACUAUAAUAGGACGAGAUGACGUCCGUUUUGUUGACGAUGAAGUCAACGAAGAAGCGCUAAGGACUCUAACGAAGACGAAGACGGAUUAG